UAGGAAGGGCAGUAUAUUUCAAUACUUUUUCGUUUCUCCCCUCAAUCAUGUUCUUACCUGUGUAUUGCGUUUUUUAACAUCAUUUCUUAUACGGUGGUAUACUUGUUGCACUUUGUCGUUAGUGAUGAUUUGUCAUAUGUCGUGUAUCAAUAUUUUUUUUACUCUAUAGUAUCACUAUAUAUAAUCAAGAGAAAUUCGAUAGUUAAUAGUUUAUGUUGCCUUAUUUGUAUGCUAUGUUUCUUUUUUGGUUAUUCUGUGUUCUAUUGAUUAGAACAGUGUCUGGAUUACAAGGCACUCUUUAUCCUUUUGCCAACGAAUCUAUAGAUACUCCGAUUGUUUCUACGACAUCCGGUAGAUUUGCUGGUUUAACUAUUCGUCAAACGAAUGUGUGGAUUGGAAUUCCUUAUGCUGCUCCACCUGUUGGAUUACUUCGCUGGCAAAAAGCACAGCCUUAUGUGAAAAAUGACAGUCAAAAUGAUACAGUCAGGAACGCCACCUAUUACAGUCCAUCAUGUCCUCAAACCAUUCGAGAAGGAGGUUCCUCGGGUCCAUUUGAUGAAGAUUGCUUGUAUCUAAAUAUUUGGGCACCUCAUACUCCACCUCCAUCAACAUCAACUGGAUAUCCUGUCAUGUUAUGGCUUCAUGGAGGAGCUCUUCAAGAAGGUAGUUCAACACAAAUAGUUUAUGAUGGACUUAGUUGGACAAAUACUGCUAUUCAAGCCAAUAAAUCAUUUAUUAUGGUCAGUAUAAAUUAUCGUCUCAAUGUUUUUGGAUUCUUUGCUCAAUCGGCUUUGAUUGAUGAUAAUGGUCAAACAAUUGCAAAUCAAGGGCUUAGUGAUCAACGUAUGGCAAUGAAAUGGAUUCAAGAUAAUAUUGGAUAUUUUGGAGGUGAUAAGAAUAAAAUUACUCUAGCUGGUCAAUCCAGUGGAUCUACGUCAGUUUGUAUUCAUAUGGUAUCACCAUUAUCAGUUGGUUUAUUCCAUGCUGCAAUACUUGAAAGUGGAUCUUGUGACACUGUACCUUAUAUGUUUGAUAAACAAUUUCUUUAUUCAACAGCAAAUGAUCUUGCCUUGCGUGUUGGAUGUAAUAUGACUGAUUCGAUUCAACAAUUAGCUUGUUUACGAACUAUCAAUAGUAGUUUACUCUUUACUACUGCAAUUAAUGUAUCCAUUCCACUAUUGACAUCUCCACCUUUCAAAGAUCAAAUUAAACUUGGUCAAGUAUUUCCUUUUAAUGUGAUCUUUGAUGGAAUAGAAAUACCUAUUCAUCCACUACAAGCCUUUUUAUCAGGUGCUUUUAAUCAUGUACCUACACUUCUCGGAGCAAAUCAAGAUGAAUUUGUUCUACGUCUUCUCUACGAAGAAUAUUUCCAUCCACCGAUCAAUGCUGAAGAUUAUUUAACUCGUGUUCUACCAACUGCAACUUAUAAUCAAUCGGAUAUUGCAACUCGAUACAAUCUAAGUGUAUUCAAUGGCAAUUAUUCGGAAGCAUUCAUCGCUUUAAUGUCUCAAGGAAUGUUUCUUUGUGCUACUCGUCGUAUGGCUGGAUAUAUAGCCGAACAACCAACUUAUCUUUACACAUAUAAUCAUGCACCAGAAUUCUAUUUCUUAUCAUUACCAAGUCUCAUUGUUCGACCUGGUGCAUAUCAUUCAUCUGAAUCUUUGAAUCUAUUUCAAACAUUAGCACCUUCACUUUAUGGAAAUCAGAUGUUUUUACUCGAUGAAUUCAAUUUAGCAACAUCUAUUCGUAGAUAUUGGACAAAUAUGAUAACGAAACAUCAACCAAAUGAUGAUGAUAAUAUGAGUCCAAUAUGGCCUCAAUACUCAUCUUUAACAGAUCAAACUAUCGUUCUAGAUAAAAACAUAACCACUGCUACAUUUAGUGAUAUUUAUCCAAAUUGUGAUAUUGUAUCUGCUGGACAUGUCAAAAUAUUUGGUGAAUAUCUUGGUUUCAAUGCUACAUGUACUGCUGGAAAUCAGUGUUUUAUGAUAAAUUCAACAUUAUUUACUAGUACGACAAGUCAAACUAGUUUCGUUCAUUUUGCGAAUAUGACUUUGGAUACAAAGCCAGAUAAUGCAAGUAAAAGUUUGAUUUAUUGUCAAUGUGAUAAGUUGUUUCUUUUUGUUUUAUAUUUUGUAUUUUUUUUGUUCAUUAUUCAAUAAUUAUUUCAAAGAAAAAAGCAAUACCAAACUCUUGAUUUAAUACAUUUAAACCCCAGAUUCAUAGUUUGAAAAUUAUGUUUUUGACAGUGAUUGGUAAAAUUUUUAGAUAACCAUUCAAAUUAGAUUUUUUUUUCUUCGCAAAUGUUCCGUAAAACCCGAAUUCAGAUAGACAAAACAAAAAGAAAACAUACGUUAAAUUUUACCCAGCAAAAAAAGAUUUUCUAAGUAGAAACAUGACUAUUUUAUGAUAUUCACCAUUGAUUAUAGCAAUAAUUAAUAUUUUCAAUAGAACUAACAUACUUUUUGAAAGUAAGUUAACAUAUUGUGAAUAGAUAGUCCUCAAAACCUGCUGCAAGUGUGUAAUUAAAAUAUACAACACGACGAGACUAUUUAAAGCAUAAACAAGGCCUAUGGUAUUUGUGAGUGUAGGUAUGGGCCUGGGUCUGGAUGGUUGUGGGUGUGAAUGUCCGUCUGGGUAUGAAUGUGGGUGCGGAUGUUAGUGUAGGUGUCGGUGUGAUUGUGGAUGAAGAAAGGACACAUAUCCACACAGCCCAGAGCUGUGGAAAAUACUCGAAGUACUUGUACUUAAGGGUAUCGGUACUCAUACACGUACUCGAGGCUCUUAUAUUUAACAGUUUUGAUGCAUAGUAUUUUUUAUGGAAGAUUUCUCUUGCUUUGUGGUGUUCAAACGUGAAGCGAACUGUUGAC